AUGAUGAUGACGUGCCGUCUGCUGUGCGCCCUGUUGGUGCUCGCCCUGUGCUGCUGCCCGUCCGUGUGCGUGACAGCGGUUGACGCGGAACCAGGUGGCUCCGGUGAGCCGCCAUCACCGGACGCACCAGGUCCGGAGAACAGUGCCUUAGGUUUAGCUACUCGUAAAGUACCGGAACCGGUUAUGACCGAUGCGUUUAAUAGGCCAGUUACGGCCAUUGGGGGAGAGCCAUCAGAGAAUUUGUCUACUAAGCAGGGAGGUACAAGUGUGUCAGGUCAGUCAGGGUUAGACGGUAAAAAAACCCAUCCGACAGGUUCAACUGAUAAGUCUCAUGAGUCGUUGGUAAACAAUCUAGAGCAGGCUACGGAUGAGUCAAAAAAUAACAAAGAGGCUAAGGCACAGACACCACCAACUACCACGACAACUACAACUACAACUACAACAACGACCACAAGGGCAGCCACCGCGCCAGAGGCGCCAACUACGACGACCACCCGUGCACCGUCAAGUCUUCGCGAGAUCGACGGCAGCCUCAGCAGCUCUGCGUGGGUGUGUGCCCCGCUGCUGCUCGCCGUAUCCGCGCUGGCGUGCACCGCUGUGGGCUGA